AUGGCGCGCUACAAGAACAUGUGCACCUAUUUACGGAGAACACUAUGUUUGAGAAGAGUGUUAAUUUCUUCUGCACUGACGCUAUCAUCGUGUGCUUUAGUUUUAUUUUGGAGCCAAUCAUACCGAGGAUUCGGUCUGUGGUCCGACACAAGAAACCAGGGGCAGACCACAGCCGACUACUUCACAGCAGCAGAACUACUCAGCCAACAGGAGCAGCAGCUAUCUUCUGAAGACGAGCUGAUCCGUGUCGUCGACAAACUGGACCAACAGGAGCACCAGCUGUCCUCUCAAAACGAGCUGAUCCGUACCGUGGACAAACUGGACCAACAACAGGAGCACCAGCUGACUUCUCAAGACAAGCUGAUCCGUGUCGUCGGCAAACUGGAUCAACAGGAGCACCAGCUGUCUUCUCAAGACGAGCUGAUCCGUGCCGUGGACAAACUGGACCAACAACAGGAGCACCAGCUGUCUUCUCAAGACGAGCUGAUCCGUGCCGUGGACAAACUGGACCAACAACAGGAGCACCAGCUGUCUUCUCAAGACAAGUUGAUCCGUGCCGUGGACAAACUUCCCUUUAGGACAAUGACCCCAUCACUCUUAUUGCUGGAGGACUUGUACUUCAACCCGAGCCUGCAACAGCUUGUAGAAUACAACAACCCAGUGCUCCACCAGCCUCAGAUCAACUGUAGCCAGUCCACACUUCUGAUCCUAGUUCCCUCACACCCGAGGUCUGUGGCUGAGAGACGGGCCAUCAGAGAAACCUGGGGCUCAGUGGCGCGUGGCAGGCACUGGCCAGGUAAAGGUGACAAUUUUGGAGUGAUACUCGUUUUUGUGUUGGGUGUUGCUGAAGCUCAAGAAUUCCAGCCUGAAAACAUACAACGUGCAAAAAGUGUACUCAGACAAGACGUCGACGCACUCAGGUCCAACACAGAUUCCUAUUUCACUGAAAGCACAGACAGAACAUUUUUUGAUAGAACAAGCAACACAAGUUCAAUAUUAAUGAAAAAAGACAGCAUCAUAAAUUUGGUUUAUGAAAAAGCUGGCGAUGCAAACAAGGAGACUUUGGAUAAUAUGGCUUAUGUCCUGGGCAUGAAGACAGUUCACAAUAACAGACUGCGACACAGCCUCAAAAUGUGGAGAAACCACUUUAUCACCGAACAGUCCAGUCAGGCGAAGAAGCCCACUAUGGAAGGGGGUAUCAACGCCUUGUUAUUAAGGUCAGACAAGUCCAUACACAAAACAUCCACCACCCCACACAUGCCGACCACACCAUAUUCCCACAACGAUGCUAAUCUUUUAGAAGAGAUUUUUUCAUUUGGUGACAUUUUACAAUUCGAUAUGAUUGAUACAUACGCAAAUCUAACUCGAAAAAUGAUCAUAUCUUUACAGUUGUUGUUGAAAACAUGUUCCGGUGUGAAGUUUAUUCUGAAGGUUGACCCAGAUAUUUUUGUCAAUGUUCCACUUUUAGCAACAUUUCUCGGUCGUCAUGGAGACAAGAAUUCCGUUUAUGGGCGCAUUUAUCCUAACUCUGCGGUAGAAAGGACGGGCAAAUGGGCGGUGGCCAAAAGCGCCCUGCCCAUAUCCAGAUACCCUAUCUACGCGGCAGGCAACGCCUAUGUCAUGUCUGCAGAUGCCGCGGAGAAGAUUGUCGGACUGGCUUCUCGUUUUCCAUAUAUUCUCGUGGAAGAUGCUUUCAUCACCGGGAUCCUGGCAUCUGUAGGUCGAAUUAACCGAGUUAACGUGGCUGGGUUCACAAAAUGGACCGAGCCUAAGCCGGACGCAUGCGACUUUGUCACUGAUAAGAUUUACGUGGGUAAUAAUUUCACCGAGUACGACCAUCGUCUCUACUGGAGGGAAAUAAUUGAUAGAGGAGGUUAUCGGUGUGACGUGUGA